UCGCAUAAAGUAGAAGAAGACGUGGAGGCGGGACAAAGGAGUAGUAGAAGAAGAAAAAACGACGUUGGUAAGGAGAUCGAAAUGGCGGCGCCAGCAGAAAGGAUGGAGGUUUCUCAGGGAGAGACCUCAGUCAAGCCUGCAGCUGAAGACAUGACGUCUAAGGAUUACUACUUCGACUCUUACGCCCACUUUGGGAUCCACGAGGAGAUGCUGAAAGACGAGGUGCGCACUCUCACCUAUCGUAACUCCAUGUUUCACAACAAGCACCUGUUUAAGGAUAAGGUGGUGCUGGACGUAGGCAGUGGGACGGGCAUCCUCUGCAUGUUUGCUGCUAAAGCUGGAGCUAAGAAAGUCAUCGGGAUCGAGUGCAGCAGCAUCUCGGACUACGCUGUGAAAAUCGUCAAAGCCAACAACCUGGAUGAUGUGGUGACCAUCAUUAAAGGGAAGGUGGAGGAGGUGGAGCUGCCGGUGGAUGAAGUGGACAUCAUCAUAUCAGAGUGGAUGGGUUACUGUCUCUUCUACGAGUCCAUGCUCAACACAGUUAUCUAUGCCAGGGACAAGUGGCUGAAACCAGAUGGACUCAUUUUCCCAGACAGAGCAACACUGUACGUCACUGCAAUUGAAGACAGGCAGUACAAGGACUACAAAAUCCACUGGUGGGAGAACGUGUACGGGUUUGACAUGUCAUGUAUCAAAGAGGUGGCCAUUAAGGAACCCCUGGUUGAUGUGGUGGAUCCCAAACAGCUGGUCAGCAACUCCUGUCUGAUCAGGGAGGUGGACAUCUACACAGUGAAGGCAGAGGACCUGACCUUCACCUCACCGUUCUGCCUGCAGGUGAAGAGGAAUGAUUACAUCCACGCUCUGGUCACCUACUUCAACAUAGAGUUCACCCGCUGCCACAAGAGGAUCGGUUUCUCCACCAGUCCCGAGUCUCCGUACACCCACUGGAAGCAGACGGUUUUCUACCUGGACGACUACCUGACCGUGAAGACGGGGGAGGAGAUCUUUGGUACCAUCGGCAUGAAGCCCAACGUAAAGAACAAUAGAGACCUGGACUUCACCGUAGACAUCGACUUCAGGGGUCAGCUCUGCGAGAUGUCAAAGACUCUGGAGUACAGGAUGCGUUAGAGGCCUCGUUGGUUAGUCUUUAGUACCAAGAAGGUGGUCCAGUUUAAUCGAGUCUGGAACUAGUUUAAUGCUCCCCCGCAGCAACACUUUAAAGACAUAUUUUUCUUUAUUUUCUUAGUCAGACAUCAACAGUAUUUAAAAGAUUUCCACAUCUUUGAGUUGAAAGGGGUUCUUUUUGUGUGGUUCUUACUCAACAAGCUGUUUAACGUGCGCCCGACGUCCUGCUGCUCCGUACCAUCCUCACCGUCUCCUGGGUUACAGGUUCCCUCCGAAGCCACGAGAAAGUCCGAAGUUACCGUCCGACAGCGAGCGAGAGCCGUUUCCACCUGCAGCAGCCACCUCAACUCCUGUCGUCCCGAAGCCCUUUAGUAUUAACAAUCCUCCGUUUCUCAUUACGUGCAGGAGGAAAGGAACAAACGGGAAUCCUCAUGUUUUUAUUUGGACAUGUAAAAGUUAGCUGGUGGGUCAUCGCCCACCAACCUGUUCCCUCAUGUUGAAUCUGCAUUUAACUCUUUAAGAACCACGGCGCUCUGCAGACACAGUUCAGACUCAUCACACCUUUUCUCUUUUGUAUUGUUUCAGCUGCUGCUUUUUAAGAAAAAUAAAAUAUUAAAUGGU